AUGUCCCCGCGAGCAGGAACGAUGCGACUGGCUUGCAUGUUCUCGUCCAUCCUGCUGUUCGGAGCUGCAGGACUCCUUCUCUUCAUCAGCCUGCAGGACCCCACGGAGCUCGCCCCCCACCCAGCGCCAGGAAUAAAGUUCAGCAUCAGGCCACAGCAGCCGCACAACGACCUCCCACCAGGCAGUUCCCAGGAUGGUCCUUUUAAGGCAGCCACGGAGAGGGUCACCCGAGACUUGUCCAGCCGCGCCCCGCGGGGCCUGAGCCUGCGGAUGUCCCAGGACCCUCAAGCUCAGCUAAACGUGGGGGCCCGUCUGCGACCUCGGCAGCGCCGCCGAAGGCUGCUCAUCAAGAAAAUGCCGGCUGCGGCGGCCCUCCCCGCCAACAGCUCGGCCCGCACGUUGGUCCGGCCGGCCCCCGGGGCCCUGGACGGCCGCUGGGCCAGCCUGCGCGAGACCCAGCGGGAGCGCAAGCGGGUGAUGCGGGAGGCGUGCGCCAAGUACCGCGCGAGCAGCAGCCGCAGGGCGGUCACGCCCCGCCACGUGUCCCGCAUCUUCGUGGAGGACCGCCACCGCGUGCUGUACUGCGAGGUGCCCAAGGCAGGCUGCUCCAACUGGAAGCGCGUGCUCAUGGUGCUGGCCGGGCUGGCCUCGUCCACCGCCGACAUCCAGCACGACGCCGUGCACUACGGCAGCGCCCUCAAGCGGCUGGACACCUUCGACCGCCAGGGCAUCCUCCACCGCCUCAGCACCUACACCAAGAUGCUCUUCGUGCGCGAGCCCUUCGAGAGGCUGGUCUCCGCCUUCCGCGACAAGUUCGAGCACCCCAAUAGCUACUACCACCCCGUCUUCGGCAAGGCCAUCCUGGCCCGCUACCGGGCCAACGCCUCUCGGGAGGCCCUGCGGACGGGCUCCGGCGUGCGGUUCCCCGAGUUCGUGCAGUACCUGCUGGACGUGCGCCGGCCGGUGGGCAUGGACAUCCACUGGGAGCAUGUCAGCCGGCUCUGCAGCCCCUGCCUCAUCGAUUAUGACUUUGUGGGCAAGUUUGAGAGCAUGGAGGACGACGCCAACUUCUUCCUGAGCCUCAUCCACGCGCCGCGGAACCUAACCUUCCCGCGGUUCAAGGACCGGCACUCGGAGGAGGCGCGGACAACGGCCCGCAUCACCCACCAGUACUUCGCCCAGCUCUCCACCCUGCAGCGGCAGCGCACCUACGACUUCUACUACAUGGAUUACCUGAUGUUCAACUACUCCAAGCCCUUUGCAGACCUGCACUGA